UCCCGGGCUUGAUUAAUGGCCCCUGCCCGGGACCUUCCAAUGUUUCUCCUUUGUCUGCGUUUUCUAUCUCUGGCUUCUCGGUAUCGUCUGUGGAGGAUAAAUUGGAUGGGGAUCAUUUUGUUGCUUCUUGUAAAAUUAUAAACAAUAAAACAUCCAUCCAAACUCACGCACUGAUCGAUACCGGUUGCUCCGGAUUCGCAUUCAUUGAUGAAACAUUUGCGCGCCAUAACAACUUCCCAUUUCUCCCCCUCAAAUCACCCCGCACUCUUGAAGUCAUCGACGGUCGGCCCAUAUCUUCCGGACAAAUUACCCUCCUCUGCUAUCUGCCGCUAUCCAUUGACUCCCACCAUGAAACUAUCCCUUUCUUCGUCACCAAACUCGGCUCGUACCCACUCGUCCUCGGAAUCCCCUGGCUUCAAUUGCACGAUGCAACAUUACGGUUUAAGGACAAUAGCAUACUGUUCGACUCCGAAUACUGCAAACGCAAGUGCAACUCUUCCCCGAUACCCGUUCCCAUUAGAGGGGUUGCACCACCGCCCCGUUUUCACCUCGUCAGUUCAGCUGCUCUUUGUCGCUUUGCUCGAAGAGACAAGCUCCAAAUCCUUAGUACAACUAUUGAGGAAAUAGAUCAAGCAACGGGCGAGGCCCCUAAGCAAGACUGGAGGAACCGGGUCCCAACCCGGUAUAAGAGAUUUCAUAAAAUGAUGGACGAAGAAUUCGCUAACGAGAUGCCGCCUCGCCGCCCCUAUGAUCAUAAGAUACCCCUCAAGGAAGGGAAAGAGCCCCCUUUUGGGCCACUUUAUGGUAUGUCCCGCGAGGAACUCAUCGUGCUGAAACAAUACAUACAGGACAACCUUCAAAAGGGGUUCAUUCAGGCCAGCUCUUCGCCUGCCGGUGCCCCUGUCCUAUUUGUUAAAAAGGCCGAUGGAACACUCCGUCUUUGUGUCGACUAUCGUGGCCUCAACGAACUUACUGUUAAAAACCGCUACCCGCUACCACUCAUCCGGGAAACUCUCGACCGCCUUUCCAAAGCCAAGUGGUACACCAAACUUGACCUUCGCCAAGGGUACAACCAGAUUCGAAUGGCUGAGGGUGAAGAAUGGAAAACAGCCUUCCGAACGCGUUACGGACAUUUCGAAUACACCGUAAUGCCCUUCGGCCUCACCAAUGCACCAGCCACCUUUCAACAUUUUAUUAAUGAUUGUGUCCGUGAUUACCUUGAUAUGUUCUGCACAGCCUACCUUGACGAUAUCCUUAUUUACAGCGACACCUUCGAGGAACAUCAAGCACAUGUCGAAAAAGUACUGGAAGCCCUACAAAGAAAUGGAAUACUGCUGAAACCGGAGAAAUGCGAAUUUCACACACAAAGCACCACCUAUCUUGGCCUGAUUAUCGAACCCAAUGGUAUUAAAAUGGACCCAAGGAAAGUGGAGACAGUGAAGAAUUGGACCGUCCCCAAAACAGUUAAGGAUGUACAAGCAUUCCUAGGUUUUGCUAACUUUUACCGCCGAUUCAUACGCGGAUUCUCGGAACUGGCUUCUCCUCUUACCAGACUGACACGUAAGGACACAUCAUUUGGAUGGACAGCCGAAGCCCAAUCCGCCUUCAAUGCCCUGAAAGAAGCCUUUACCACGGCGCCCAUUCUUACUCAUUUCGACCCGGAAAAGGAAAUUACUGUAGAAACCGACGCAUCUGACUAUGUCUCCGCCGGCGUACUCUCCCAAUACGAUGACAAUGGUAUCCUCCGACCUGUUGCAUACUUCUCGAAAAAACACUCCCCCGCCGAAUGCAACUACGAGAUUUACGACAAGGAAUUACUGGCAAUUAUUCGGUCUUUUGAGGAGUGGCGACCGGAACUUGAAGGGGCUGCACACCCAAUCGCCGUCAUAUCCGAUCAUAAGAAUCUUGAAUACUUUAUGAGUACCAAACAACUCAACCGGAGACAAGCACGGUGGGCAGAAUACCUGUCACGGUUUAAUUUUGUUAUCAAAUACCGACCAGGGAAACAAGGAGGGAAACCGGACGCGUUGACAAGAAGAUCAGGAGAUCUCCCUGGAGAGGGGGAUGAAAGACAAUCGCAUCAGAGUCAAGUUGUGUUGAAGAAGGAGAAUCUCGAUGCAAAGCUAAGUUUGUUGGCGGGUUCUUUCUCAAAUGAGCCCGCUGAAAAGAACGCCUCACUGCAGGAAUUAUUCGAUGAAGGAUAUAGCGCUGACCCGUUUCCCCAAAAGAUACUGGAUAUGCGGAAUAAAGGCGAUCGACAAUCAAAGGACAUAUCACUCGCCGAAUGCACCGAGGUCGAAGGCCGAUUGCUUUACCGAGGCAGCAUAUAUGUCCCUGAUUACGACCCUCUUAAGCUUCGAAUCCUCCAACUUUACCAUGACGCUGCCUCUGCUGGACACCCGGGACGCGAAAAAACAUUCGAACUCGUCAGUCGGGACUACUACUGGCCCCUCAUGCGAAAUUAUAUUGCCCGCUACGUUCGGAACUGCCACACCUGUCAACGAAGCAAACCCAACACCCAUGGAAAACUCGGCGUACUUCGACCUUUACCGAUUCCCGAACAACCAUGGCAGGAGGUAUCGAUGGACUUCGUUACUGGCCUACCGGAAAGUGAAGGGUACGAUGCAAUUAUGGUAGUGGUUGACCGGCUAACAAAGAUGCGACAUCUCCUGCCCUGCAAUACUACUGUCAACUCCGAAGACGUAGCCCGACUAUACCUGCGGAACAUAUGGAAGCUCCACGGGCUACCCACACAUAUCACCUCCGACCGCGGUACGCAAUUUACAGCUAAGUUUUGGAAGGCUCUUUGUAAACACCUCAAUAUCGAGGCAAGGAUGUCCACCGCCUUCCACCCGGAAACCGACGGCCAAACCGAAAGGCUGAAUGCUGUGAUGGAGCAAUAUCUACGUGGGUAUGUCUCUUAUCAACAGGACGAUUGGGUAAAAUGGCUUCCUAUGGCAGAAUUCUCCGCCAACAAUCAGGUCUCCGCAUCCACUAAAGCUACACCAUUCUUCGCGAACUAUGGGUUCCACCCCCGGUUUACAGUGACGAUCAAAUCGCUUGACAAGACCCCGCCGAGUCUCAAUGCUAAAGACUUCGCCUCGAAGAUGAAGGAACUCCAUGAGCACCUACGUUCCAAUAUCCGCACAGCGCAGGAUCAACAGGAGCAGGCCGUCAAUACUAAACGAACGCCGGCCCCACGGUACGAUGUCGGUGAUAUGGUGUUUGUUUCAGCGAAAAACAUCCGAACGACGCGUAACUCCCGGAAGCUGGACUGGAAGAAACUGGGACCGUUCCCCGUUAAGGAAAUUAUAUCGUCAUACGCGUAUCGAGUCGACCUGCCUAGAAGUAUGAAGAUGCACCCCGUCUUCCAUGUAUCAUUGUUAGACCCCGCUGCGAAUGAUCCCGUCCCAGGACAAAUUCAACCACCACCCCCACCCAUUAUCGUCGAACAAGAGGAGGAGUAUGCAGUUGAGGAAAUCUUGGAUUCGCGAGAAUUACGAAACACUGGCCUGCAAUACUUUGUUAAGUGGACGGGCUAUACCGACCCUACUUGGGAACCCGCCGCAUACCACGAUAAUACCGCCGCCGUUGAUACCUUCCACAUACGCUACCCCGACAAACCUGGACCAUUGGAAGGAAAGAUUAAGGUUAAGGCUCGCAGGAGCUCGCGCUUGAAGGGAGGGGCUACUUUCAUGGAUCGACUAGUGGAGGUACGGGGUUACGAAGAGUUGGAUUAG